GCUCAUUUGACUGCAGUCAAUGUGAAGAUACCAUCUUCUCUUCUCCAGCACCUGUAUUUGCAGAGUCAUAUCCUUCCAAAACAGUCACCGAGCUUUCCAGAGUAUAAGACGCAAGAGCAAAACGCGUCUAAUCUAGAAGAAGAAAACCAUAUAUAAGUUGCACUUUUGCAAGAAAAGUCGGACAUUUCAGAACAAAUCUGCUAUGUGUAGCUACAAUAAAUAAAUAAAUAAACAGAAGAAUACUAAUCUUUGAUCUGUAUAAGAAAACAAUCAGAUUCUCUUCCAUGUUUGUUUUGGACGACACUUCUUCUGCUGUUGUCAGUACCAAAUACUUAUACCCAGAUGCAGCACCCUCUAGUGGUUGUUAGAGGAAACAACCACCAAACGACAACCAUGUUUACUGUGAAAAUAACAAAUAUAUGAGCCUAUUUAUGCCUAAAAAAAAAAAAGAAAACACAAAGAUGCGCUCCUGAGUAUAAGUCGCACCCCUGACUAAACUAUGAAAAAAACUUAUACUCCGGAAAAUACGGUAUUUAAUUUUGAUAAGGUGAACUUUAAUCAAUUUAAUUAAACUCGAUGAGCUGAACCAGCAACUUCUUCUGGGUUACAAACAUCCCACUUUUACUUCCCAUUAUGGGCCCCAUCAGUCAUAUGUUUCUUCCUGGAAUAGAGUGAAGUUUCAUGAAUUCAGAAACAAGGAUGUCGCUGGGGCAGAAGCAGCUUGGUUAACCGAGCCGCACAGUCAACAGUUGAGUCACACGGCCUCAUCUGGGGUUAUCAGGACUGGAAAACGCCGCCUCUGCUGCUGCUACUGCAUGAGACGCAGCAAUGCUGUGACAAGACGUCUGGCUCCUGUUGCCAUGGCGUUAUGAAACAGCAAAGCGUUUAGGUGAAAUUUGUCAUUCCUUCCUUGUGUAAUGAUUUGCCACAAUGAUCGUCACAUGGAUUUCACUGAUAACCAUAUUGGUGGGGGUGGUAAAUGCAGCUUGGAAUGGUGAUGACAUGAAGCGCUGUGCAGAUGUCCAGGCAUCGAGCCCUGUGGUACCCCUGGGGUCACCUGUCAAUGCCACCUGUGUCGUCACCAAGGGCUGCUCUCUUUUCUUGGAAGAGGCUGUUCAGAUUGAAUGGCUCCUUAACAGGGACGCCAUCCAUGGGAAUGUUGAGUUCACCCAGAACAAGACGAAGUCCACAGUUGUUAUUUCAAGUUUUAAUCACACAGAGGCGGCUCUCACCUGCUACAUCAAAGACUACGACCAGAUUGUUGGAGGAGUGCUGAUUCGUGCUGGAUAUCCUCCAGAAGUGCCACAAAACCUGAGCUGUCAGGCAAACUUAACCAGAACCCUCACCCUGACCUGCAGCUGGGAUCCUGGGCAGUCACAGACGUAUCUUCCCACAUCUUACUCUGUCCAUAGUGAAACAAGGGAAUCGAACUAUACUUAUAAAGCUCCUGCAGGAGUGCACAGCUAUACAAUUCCUCGCUCUGACCUGAUUCUCUUCUCUGAUAUGAAAAUAUACGUGAAGGCUGAGAAUGAACUUGGCCAGGCAAUUUCAGCUCCCAUCACUUUGGAACCAGUCAGUGCAGCCAAACUUGACCCACCAAAAAUUGUGAGUAUCACGGUGUCAAAAAAACCUGGCUGUCUCCGGCUGAACUGGAUGUUGACCCACCAAAGUUGGAUACACGCUGGGAAUCUAAAUCUGGAAGUCUUGCUUCAGACAGCCGACAGCAGGCAUUGGACCAUCAAACAGAUUAUCUGCAGAGAUCGCAGAACAUGCAAAAUACUGUCCCUGUGCUCCCUCCUUCAUGGGACUCAGUAUUGGCUCCAAAUCAGAGUCAGGUACAAGCAAGGUCCCUGGAGUGAGUGGAGCAGCAGCCAAUCUGGAGUCACUUUGGAGUCAGCCCCCACUGGACGCUUAGAAUCAUGGGCAAAAGUGUCCUGGUAUCGCAAACCCACUCAUCUAAACAUAAGUUUGUUCUGGAAGCCAUCAAAACAAUUUCAUGCAAAUGGACAAAAUAUUUCAUACAGUAUCUCAAGGUUUCAGAGAGCAGGACAGGGAAUCCUAUGCAAAACAAUUUGGAAAUACUGCACUUUCCAGCUAUCUGCGAGAGUGAAGAAAGUCUAUCUGACUGCUGUGAAUAGAGCUGGAAAAUCCCCUCUGACAGGAAUUUACAUUUACCCACCUCAAGAUCGAACUACGAUACAAGACGUUACAGCUGUUACUGUUGAUCACCAGUCAUUUCUGGUCCAGUGGACGCAUUUGGCCUCAACUGAUCUGACUGGUUUUGUGGUGGAAUGGAGACCAAUGCUAAAGGAAAAUCUCUCCCAUGUCCAUUUUGAGAAAGUGGACAAAAACCAAACUAAUCUUAUUUUAGCAGGCACCUUUGAGCCUUACAAGCCCUAUCACAUCUCUGUAUAUCCACGUUAUAAGCGCGGGAUCGGUCUUCCGCGAACUGUUAAGGCCUACUUGAGGCAAAAGGCUCCAUCCAUGGUUCCGGUAAUAAAAAUUAAAAAUGUUUGGAUGUCCUCUGUUGACCUUAUGUGGGAACAGAUCCCUUUAGAUCAACAGAAUGGAUUUAUCCAGCACUACAAAAUCUUCUACUGGGGGGAGAAAGAAGCUGUUAAAGUUGAGACUGCAGACUCAAAAACAACAGAAAUGAGCCUGAAAAACCUCAAGCCUGGAUCUCUGUAUAAGGCUUUCAUGAUGGUUAGAACAUUUGGAGGCAGUCUCAACGGCUCUACAAUUCAUUUCAAAACGGAAACCUUUGAUAUGGUGGACAUUGUAGGGAUGAUAACUGGAUCUGGAGUCGGAGUUUCAUUGAUCAUCAUCAUGGCUUUCUUAACGUUGUCCUUCAAAGGAAAAAGAAUUGAGAGUCGACUUUGGCCAGAUGUUCCAGAUCCAGCGAACAGCAGCAUUAAGAGAUGGCCGUCAGAAUCACCCCAGUACGCUCAUGUCGCCAGGAACAACGACGAGCCAAAUCCGAUACACUUAUCUCAUCUAAGCUUUCUGGAUCUGACCACUAAGCUGUGCAAAGAGGAGGAUGAUCUUUGGUUCAACAGUGCAGAGGACACCAGUGAUUUAGGAGAGUCCAUCUGCGGUUCUCUGUUUAUCCUUGAAUACACUGCUUCAAACAGCAGCUCUGUUCCCUACGCCACUGUGAUAGCCAGCGUUCCCUGCAACAAUCCGACUCCAGAAGAACCUCCUGCGUAUCUGCGCUCUGACUCCACGCAGCCUCUCCUGGAAAGAGAAGAGUCCUUCAGUCCACUGUGCUAUCAGAACGUGGCAUCUGGGGUCAAACCUGAGCAGUGUUUCUUUGGGCAAGACCAGGAUUAUAUACCUGAAAGUGAAGAAGAUCCUGCUUUUGCUUGGGAUGACUUUCCAUUUCUAAGAGCUUUAUCUGCGUACGAUACGGAGAGUGACUGAAGCUGCUUUGCUUUUCUUACGCUUAAAAAAAAGACGAUGUUAUCUAAAAAAUAAAAAAAAAAGUUAAUACAAAUGGUACAUUUUUAUCUGAUAGGGCAUGUUCUUGAAGCUGCAAUCAUUUCAUAUUAAAAAGGAAUGUUGAGGGUUCAAAAACUUGCCUCAGUGAGAAGUGUAGGCAUUAUUUCAACUGCUAUUUUCUCUAGAAUAAAAUAGGUGCUAUUUUAGUGUGACACGCAGACAGUAACAUGCUGCAGUUUUUUUCUUUUAAUGAAAAGAAAAUGUUUCAUCUUGUAAAAAUAAAUGCAUGAAAUUUUAUAAUGGUACGUUAGAUGCACUUUUGUUUUUACAGUUUUAAGCUUUGCAGACUUUCUAAAAAUAAAAAUAAAUGUGCAAAGUUACAUUAUCAGGGAUUAUUUUCUUAAUGAUAAUUAUGAACAUUCUAUAACAUUCUUUUGCUCAAUUGUUUUUUUUACUUUGUAGUAUGUUAAGUCCAAAAAUUGAUUCUAAAAAAAAAAAAAAAA